UCAUGUUCCUUGUGUGACAAAGAACAGCUCCAGGAUGUCACCUUAGAGUUGUGUCAAAGAGGCACUAGACAGAUAUGCAUGGUUUUGCUCUUCCUCUCAAGUCUGGGAUGGUUUUCUUGAUCCUGUGUCCUUUGUCCCAGACAGGAAGGACCUUUCUCCUGCCAAGUGGUAGAAGGUCCUUCACUUUCCAGCUGAGCUGGUACUUUAGGGGCCCUUCAAAAGCACAAGCUCGAGACCAGGAAUUUGAGGUGAUUGCGUCAUGCCUCAAAGUCACGAGAGCGGGUCUUCGUGUGCCUCUUUGUCACAGCCUAGGCAGCCUGGUGGGUGCUCCUGAGCUAGGGUGAUGGAUUCCAGCUCUGAUAGUUUGCUCUCCUGCUUGGCACCAGAGCACAUCAGGCUCGCUCCCAGGUGCCUUCAUCCUUGGCUGUGCUGUCUCUAAUGUCCUUCAGACUCCACAGCCAUUCACAAGUCCUGCACAGGUGAGGCAGAGGGUAGCACUGCCAUCAUUCCUGGGGUGGGGGAAGUGAGCUAGUCUAUGGCAAACAGCCAUGGUUCUGGGCUCUCCGUGCCUGCUCACCCGACCUUUGCUUCAGUCCUACAAGCAAGACAGCAGGUGUCAGUAAGCACUCAGACAGGCCGUGGGCAGUAUAGCUUCCCCAAACUUAAUCCUCAACUGCAAGCGCUUCUGCUGCUGUUCUGGAGGGUCCUAAGCCUCUCUUCCCAUGCUUUAGAUGUUCUCUGCAAACAAGUAUUCUAUAUUUGAUACACAAAUUCAAAUGCUAGGAGUGGGGAAAGGUGCUGUGGAAUCCUGUCUGGCCUUGGGCUUGCAGUGAUUUUUUCCCCCUCUUUCUCCAGAGUAAUAGGAUUUACUUGUCUGUCAUUAUGCUCAACUGAGGUUACUGCAUUUAUCCUCGAAUUCAAUACGACAGGUUAAAGAGUAUUAUGAGUUCAGAAUGAACAAAGCCUGCUUGGUUGCAGGAGCAGCACAACCACUUUGGAUCCUAUUCUUCUGACUUAUUUUGUAAAACAAAGAUACCUUUGGGCCACAAGGCCCUAAGAACGAUGGAGGUGGAAAUGUUAGCCUAAUUGGUGCUCUAUAAAUACACUGGAAAAGCAACUGCGUGUCUGUGGCCUGGUUUGUUGUGGGAAGUCUCAGCAGGUGGCCCUGGUGGUUGGCUUGGCUCUACAGUUCUUAGGAGAAAGGCGCUGAGCACCUGGCUCUCUCACCUGCGGGCACGAUAGCGAACGUGUGCUCCCAGCUGGCCAAUAGAGUCUGGCUUCUCUACCGUCAGGGGCGGGACCUCCAGGGCUAGCCAAUGGGGAACCGUCUUGUGGAGGGUGGGGCCUGCGUUUCAGCCGCGGGAGCAGUGGAAGAGCAGCGAGGACGCCGCGGUCUCAAGACGCGUCCAGGAGGACCAUCCGGAUUCUGUUUCGUGGGGCCAGGAAGGGCAGCCUGUAGGGAACACAGCGGCUACAACAAGGCGAGGCAGGAUUACGCGCAGCCAUGACCGAGGCGGCCGCUGCACCGGACUGGCAUAUGGGGACUGAUCUCCAACAACAGGCUCAGAUCCAGUCUGCAGAGAUCUCCCUUCUAGCUAUUGUAACUGCUGUUCAAGCAGUGGAAAAGAAAACAGAGUCCCAGGCUGUCCACCUUCAAACCUUGGAAGUACGAACAGGGUCAGCGGAGAGGAAGCUGGCUGACUUUGAGAAGACGGCCGUGGAGCUCAGCAGCCAGCUGGAGGGCAAGUGGGCCGUGCUGGGGACCCUGCUGCAGGAGUACGGGCUGCUGCAGCGGCGCCUGGAGAACCUGGAGAAUCAGAUGCAAAACCGGAACCCCUGGGUCCUGAGGCUUCCCCCCAGCAGCAGGGAUGAAGCCCCCAAGGUUUCUAUGCCUGCUGAAGAGGUGGCUGGGUGUUUCCCUGAGCAACAGGAAGGCAGCUCCGAAGACUGGCAGAAGGCGCUCUGCAAGCACGUAGCAAAGGAAAGGUGUGAGGUGCUGAGCUCUCUAGAGACAGACCAGCUGGAAUCUGCCCCGAGUGUUCUUCCCUGGAUCAAGCAAGAGGAAGAGGUGUGUGAGAAGAGCCUGCAGGGGACAACCAGCGCUUCCCUCUGCUCAGGCGAGGCCCAGGAACCGUGGCUGGCGAACAAGAAAAGGACCCUGGAGGGGAUGUCCCUGGCACCAGAGCCAUCCUGGGCAACUGAAGGGGGACCUGGCAAGGAGGAUUUCCAGCAGGGACCCUGUGGCGAUCUGCUCCCUGUUUGCAGGGAGAGAGAGGCAGCCUCCCUCCCUCGAGGCUCUCAGAGUCAGCCUGCGCCAGCUGCUGAGGGCGCUGUGACUGGCCAGAACUUGAGUGUCAGCGAGCUCAGCCUGCAGAGUGAGUACUCACACCGUGGAUCUCAGCCCUUCGCCAGUCUCCAGUGUCCCCAGAGUGCUGCAGAGCAGGUCACUCUCCCCAGGAAUCGUCGUGCACCCACAGCCCAGCGUGCCUACACCUGCGUCCAGUGUGGGAAGAGCUUUGUCCACCAGUCAACACUUACCACACACUACCGCACACACACCGGAGAAAAGCCUUACAAGUGUGCCGAAUGUGAGAAGCGGUUUGGCCGCCUGUCCACACUGCUGGAGCAUCAGCGUACCCACACUGGAGAGCGGCCCUUCCCUUGUGCGCAGUGUGGCCGUCGUUUUGGGCGCCUGUCCACUCUGGUGGAACAUAGGCGCACACACACCGGCGAGAAGCCAUUUCCAUGUACCCAGUGUGACAAACGUUUCACACGCCUGGCCAACCUGACCGUGCACCAGAGUGUGCACUCUGGCGAGCACGCUUUCCAGUGCGCCCAGUGUGGCUCGUGCUUCACGCACAAGCCCAGCUUCCUGCGACAUCUGCGCAGCCACUCUCAGGAGAAGCGCUUUGCCUGUGGCCAGUGUGGUAAGAGCUUCACCUGCCGCUCCUGGCUAGUACGCCACCAGAGCAGUCAUGCACACUCAGCAUCCUCUGCUUAUGUGGCCUGUGAGAGGAGCUCACCAAGUUAUGUUUCACCUACAGGUCUCUUCAAAGGUGCAGCCAGGGACAAGUUCUCCAGUGACCCUUCUGUCUCACCCGUAUCCAAGGACACCAGAGUCGGUCAGGACCACAAGGCAUAUGGCGGAGGUCAGCCGCUCAGCGACCAUGGUCAGGACAGUCUAGUGGGGUCUCUGCAUGGCUGUCUGUCUGUAAAGAUGGAGAAUGCAGGGUAGAACCCAGAGCCCUCCAUAAGGAGGCCACUGGGACGGCUUCUGGGUCCCCUGGAAUCCGAGCUGCUGCUCCUGGGUUGGACGUGUGGUACCUGCCCUCUGCUAGACCUCCCAGGGCCAGGGUCUCUCCCCUGGACUGCAGGCGCCAAUGCCCCGGAAUUCUUGCUGCGGGGAAGCUCCGUGCACACAGAAAAUGUUGCAGAAACAAGCAGCUCAACAGCGCCUUGAGAUCUCGGCUCCUGUCACCAUCUUAGCAGUUUUGGCAGCAAUAAAAGGCCGCGUAGGAGAGCUGCGAUUUUGAAGAUUUGAGCUGCUCAACAACUGAAGCUCAACAGCGCCAAACUCAAACUCGUUUCCAAGGUUUCCCUAGGACAGAGCUGGGAUGUGACUCAGUAGUGUUCAUGGAGCAUGCGUGGAUGGACCGCAGUUAGAUCCCUAGCAUCAGAUUAAAUGGGCUGUGAUGGUACAUGUCUGUAAUCCUUGUAUUUGUGUAGAGGCAGGAGGUACAGACGUUCAAGGUCAUGUUUGGCUACAUGAGACCCUGUUUUCAAGGAACCAAAACAUACCCUUACGUAUUCAAAGUCAGAGUUUUCAGAUCCUCUCUCUCACGAGCGGCCACAUACUUAUACAACAGCUUGUAUGUUUCUGAGGACUCCCACUGGAGGGACUGGGACUAUUAAGUGUCACUGUCCUCACUUUGGAGGAGUGUGGGGAAACAGGCCUGUGCCUCUCGCAUCUGGGGAUGGGUUUCACUGAAGGUCUGAUUCCCCUUUCCCUUUGUUGUUUUUUUGAGACAGGGUUUCUCUGUGUAGUGUUGGCUGUCCUGGAGUUUGCUCUAUAGCCUGGCCUUGAAUUCACAGAAAUCCACCUGCCUCUGCAUCCUGAGUGCUGAGAUUAACAGUGUGUGCCACUACCACCUGGUUCCAUAUUCGCUUUAAAAACCUAUAAAAAUAAAGGUAUUUAUGAAGAAGUAUA